UUCUCCAACCCUCUAUAUAUUUCUCCUUCUUUUAUUUCAAGGGCAGAGAGAGAGAGAGAGAGAGAGAGAGAGAUUACGCUCCUACCUCUCAGCGGGUGGGAGAAGAAGAAAAUAAAAAAGGGCAGAAGGAGAGGUUGAAUCCUCUGCCACAACACCAUCAAUGGCCGUCACCACUCCCUCUCCCUGUCCGAAUGCCACAGAAAAGAAACACUGGUGGCUCACCAACCGAAAGAUCGUUGAGAAAUACAUGAAAGACGCUCGGAGUCUGAUAGCGACUCAGGAACAGAGCGAGAUCGCUUCGGCGCUGAACCUUCUAGACGCGGCUCUCGCGAUCUAUCCACGCCUAGACCAAGCGCUUGAGCUCAGAGCCAGGUCUCUGCUCUUUCUUCGCAGGUUCAAAGACGUUGCGGACAUGCUUCACGACUACAUUCCCAGCCUUAGAAUCGCUAACGAUGACUCCGCCUCUCUCUCUUCCGAUAUGUCGUCGCAGCAGCUUCUAACCUCCUCCGACUCCUCCCAUUCGGAUCAGAGCUUCAAGUGCUUCUCUGUCUCUGACUUGAAGAAGAAGCUUAUGGCAGGGUUCUGUAAAAGUUGCGACAACCAAGGCUAUUGGAGAUACUUGGUGCUGGGGAAAGCAUGUUGCCACCUAGGCCUAAUGGAAGACGCAAUGGUCCUUCUCCAAACGGGAAAACGCCUCGCCACGGCGGCCUUCCGCCGCGAGAGCGUGCAUUGGUCCGACGACAGCUUCUCCCUCUCCAACCCCCUCUUCGCCGGCGACACCGCGCCCGCCGCCACCCCACCACCGGAGUCCGAAACCGUGACCCAGCUCCUGGCCCACAUAAAGCUCCUCCUCCGGCGCCGCGCCGCCGCGCUGGCCGCCCUGGACGCGGGGCUCCACUCGGAGGCCAUCCGCCACUUCUCGAAAAUCGUUGAAGGCCGGCGCGGCGCCCCGCAGGGCUUCCUGGCGGAGUGCUACAUGCACAGAGCCGCCGCGCACCGGUCGGCGGGCCGAAUCGCGGACUCAAUCGCGGACUGCAACAGAACCCUGGCCUUGGACCCAACCUGCAUCCAAGCACUUGACACCAGAGCCUCUCUUCUGGAAUCCAUUCGGUGCUUCCCGGACUCGCUCCACGACCUGGAGCACCUGAAGCUCCUCUACAACACCAUCCUCCGCGACCGAAAGCUGGCGGGUCCAGCGUGGAAGCGCCACAACGUGCGGUACGGCGAGAUUCCCGGGAAGCUCUGCGUUCUGGCGACGAAGAUCCAGGAGCUGAAGCAGAGAGUGGCUUCGGGGGAGACGGGGAACGUGGACUACCACGGGCUGAUCGGGUUGCGGCGCGGGUGCGGCCGUUCGGAGCUGCAGAGGGCGCACUUGUUGCUGUGUCUGAAACACAAGCCCGACAAGGCCACCUGCUUCAUCGAAAGGUGCGAGCUGGGCGACGACCGCGACCUCGAUUCGGUUAAGGAAAGGGCGAGGAUGUCCGCGCUGCUGCUCUACCGGCUGCUUCAGAAGGGCUACACCCAUGUGAUGGGUAGCAUCAUGGACGAGGAGGCCGCUGAGAAGCAGAGGAAGAGGCUUCUCGAAGCCCAGGCCCAGGCCCAAGCCCAAGCCCAAGCCGUGAAUGAGACUAACGUGAAGGCGGAGAAAACGAAGUGCACCGUUUCGUCUCCUUCCACCGCGAACCCGACGGUUUUUCAGGGAGUGUUCUGCCGGGAUCUUGCUGCUGUUGGGAACUUGCUUUCACAAACGGGAUUCAACCGUUCCAUUCCCGUCAAGUUCGAGGCGUUGACCUGUUGAAACAAUCUCUGCUUCGUCGCUUCUUGUAUAUUUUUACCUGCCGCAAAAUUUUGCCACCUUUCUCUCUCUACAUUUUUUCUUUUAUGCUCAUUUAUUAUUAGAUGUACAUGAUAUUAUUAAUAUUUAAAUAUGUUUUUAA